AUUCACUUCAGAGGAAAUCUGGCUCAAGUUCCAAAUGGGAUACUAACUUCAGCGUCUUUGAUGACGUGAAGGUCAGGUACGGAAAGUCGAGUGGCUCAAAACACACAUUUAGUGUAUUUUUUUAGAAAGCUAAAUUAGAAUUUUGCCCACAUCUAUGUUUUCAGUUGCAGUACUAAAAUUCAAUACUAAUAAAGGCAUUUAUUUUACAGCCUACACUAAGCAGCGCCUUUAUUGAAACGUGUUUCGCUUUUCCUCGAGCAGCCUCGGACACUAACAAUCCCCUUCGCGCUGCAUUGUGGGAGUUACAGUUUGUGCCACAUAUCGGUCUCCAUAACUUUGUACAGUCAGAUCAGAGAGAGAGAGGCGCAAGCCGAAGUCCAGCGGGACGGGCUGAACUCCUCCACUUCAGGAUGUUUUACUGGGACUCUUACCUCAUAUCUGACUGCCGGCCUGCGGAGUACAGGCGGACACUUUGGAAAUAGCACGCUUUGGGAAAACUUUUGGCGGCUCUCUUUGCUAAUUUGGGAAUUGCUACUUGAGCAGACGGUUGCGGAGGUUAGCCAACGAAGCUAACGGGACUUGAAGUAAGAGAAUAAGUGCCAUUCAGCUGGGCUGUUCAACCUGGGACUACAUCCAUCUCCCUCUGUCAGAACCAGAACCUUCGUAGUACAGCAUGAAUAUCAAUAUGCAGAACAUAAUUUGCAUAUCACUGCUGUUAUCUGAUAAGGGCGACUCGUGAUUUCGCCGUUUCAGAAACCAAAACUACUACUACUAUGAGGUUGUCGGGAAAAUUCCCGAAGCAGGUGUAUUAUUAAGCCGUGACUCUUUUAAUGUUGCAAAGAAUGUCCCACUCGGACAGUACCAGUUCAUAUUUCGGUUUGGAGGACCCGCAGUGGCUAUGCAUGGUCACCCUGUUCGUCGCAUCCCUGGUUACGCUGGCUCUGUACUUCAUACAGUAUUUCCAUCCCGGGCUCAUAGGAAGCAGGCAGAGAGCAGCAGCUGAGGACAAGGCGGCGGCGGAGGAGGAGGAGGAGGAAGCGGCGGCUCUGCUGGGAUGGGCGCUGUCAAAGCAGAGCUGGAAAAGCCAAUGGAGGGGAGCGUGGUGCAAGGCUCUGAAUGAAGAGGCAACCAAGCGUGGGGGCGAUCUGCUGUUGACGUUUGAAGAAGAUGGCGCCGAGGCACCAGAACUCGCCGUCGGCGCCGUGUCCGGCUUUCAGAAAUCAGCCACAAACAAGGCCGCCUCCUGCAGCGUGGUUGGAGAGAAGCUUCAGUUCUCUCUCAGCGCAGCAUCCUCCUCAGCCGGAGCGGAUCCUUGCAAAUACACGGCGUGCAUAGCUCCAGUAGAGCUGCAGCUUCAGCUACGCAUGCAGGAAGUCCAAGAUGAGAUCAAGGUGAGCUGGGAAGUGUCCCGUUUGGACACUGAGGGCCUGCACGUGACCCCCGACCUCACACAGGAUGCUGCCAACACGUGGACCGCAGCGGCCGUUAAGGAGCAGCUGAGGCAGCUGCUGCGUGCGACUCGUCCCUCUGUGCUGCUGAGCUGCAGGCCUACUCAGGCCUCGCAGCGCAAGGAAGCUCAUAGCAAAGUGCUGUCGCCGCCGAAGCCCCCCCGCGCCCACGACUGGAAGCUGCUUGUGAAAAACACUCGGGUCACACUCAGUCAGGAGGAAGACGCUGCAGGCAGCGUGAAUCCUCUGUGUGUGCUGCAGCUGGACGAUCCCCCCCAGAGGUUCAGCACCUCCGUUUUGAAGAACACAACCAAUCCUACCUGGGAGCAGCCAUUUGUCUUUGAGUUGAACGGACGAUCAAAGGAGCUCUCUGUUCAGUUGAUGAAUGAUGGUCAACCUCCAGAGAGUUCUCUACUAGGGAAGGUGUGUGUGCCUUUUGAUCUGGUGAAGAAGCAACCCAAAGGACAGCAGACAUUUGCACUUAAGACCAAAGAUUCUGUGACUGGAUCACUUACUACUGAGUUUACCUUUCUAGAGCCCAGUGAGGUGAGGUCCUGGCAGCCUCCAACUCCAGCCGCCAGUAAGAGGGUGGAGAUGGACCGGACCGUGAUGCCCUGCGGCACCGUGGUCACCACCGUCACCGCCGUGAAGAGCAAGCCAGGACGACCUCUCCCGCUCAACAACACUGUUUCUGUCUCGUCAGAGCCCGCCCUGAAGCCGAUCAACAGCAAGGGCAAGCUAGCCGAGCGCCGGGUUUCAGAGCAGGUGUCCCCGCUGGGCGGCACGGUGAGCAAGGCCUUGUCGUCCUCCGACACGGAGCUGCUCAUGCUCAACGGGACCGACCCGGUGGCCGAAGCAGCCAUCAGACAGCUCCAUCAGUCCGCCAAGCAGAAGCUCAAGUCGCCGGUGAAGAAGAGCACCAUCAUCAUCUCGGGCAUCGCCAAAACGCCCCUGUCUCAGGACGACGAACUCGCUCUGAUGGCGGGCUACGCGGCACAGAUGGACGCCUCGAUGUCGGAGAGCAGCUCCACCCAGGACGUGACCACGGCGGUCGCGUCGGGCACCAGCAGCGUCCCUGAGGGGUCCGAGUCCCAGGAGGGGCCCGCCGGAGUCGGCCGGCCCCCAGAAGACUGGGAGAGUCAAACCGAAGAAGCGCUAGACAACACGUCGUUGUCCAUGUGUGUGUCUGAGGCGAGCUGCAAGAAAAGCAGAGAGGAGAGCAGUGCUAAGCAGACUAUUUGCCCUGAUGAGGAGCUUCCUCCAGAAGAGCGCCAAGCUCUUCUUCCGGCGUCGCCACCAGCGCAAAGAGCCGGGGAUGAGCCAGUCGCACAACGACCUGGUUUACCUCGAGUCUCCGGCCGCAGUGGAGCGGGCCAGCAGGACCGCCACGCUUAGCCGCAUGCUCGUCCGCAAGAGCAAGAGCAGCAAGAACAAGAGCAAAGCCAACGGCUCGACUCCCUCGGGGGAGCCGCACGUGUGACCUCAGCCUCCGCUCGACCUCAGCCUCUCUCACAGCUACCAUCAUCACCUCCGUGUUAAAGAUGCACUGGCAAAACAUCAAAGGCUAACCUCGCUCCCCGCUAACGCCGAGUCUGCAGACGGGAGCCACUGCACUGUGAACAGGAGGGCCGGGGAAGCCUUUCCUUGUGACGUUCAACAUAAAUACUUCCUGUAAAGAUUUUACAGACUGCAUGGGUUUACACGUGAACAAAAGCGUACUGUCCAGGGUCGACGGCUGAUAUCGUUUAGCUUGGUUUCUUUUAACCUUUUUCUUUUUUAUACCGCAGUCGGGAAUAUUAAGUGCUUUUACGGCCCCCGUCACGGACCGACUGGGACCGAUGCGGGCCAUCUUGUCUUUACCUCACCGACGCAGAAACUCUCCCUGCUGUACGCCGCUGGGUUUCCUACGCCGGAUCAGCAGCACCAAAGAAGAAGAGCAGAGAGCUGUUUGGAUGAAUCGCACGAGUCGAGUAACUUGAAUUGACCGUGCGAUGACAGAGUUAAAAUUGUUCUCAAAGGGAGUUCAGCAUCUUCGGAUUCCGACUUUAACACUAACGUUACAGUAUGACCGGGUUGAAAAUCAUGAAAUUUGUCUUUUAAUAUGCAUUUGCAGUGGAUGCAAAAUCUCUUCAAACCUCCCUUCCCCCUUUUCUCCUUUUUAACUUAUUUUCUCUGAAUGAAAAAGAAAUGUGAUGAUGAUGAUAAAUCUAGUGUAGCAUGAGUAAGACAUUAAUUUGCAACCUAAAAAUGUUUCACAAGUGAGACCUAAGUACACUGAAAGCAUUGCGUAAAGGUUGUAAAGCAGUUUUCUUUUUACAAAAGUAGCUGUUUCAGAUGAAUUAUUGGUUGUAGCGAGGCGAACCACUAGCUUUUAUCACAGCAGCAUGCUUCCAGCUCGCUGUGAUGAUUUAUGUCUAGUCUUCCUAAAAGAUUCCUCCUGUUCACUACUGCUGUCAGCGGGGGUGUUGGCGUGUCCAAAGGGAACUGAAUAAACCUUUAUCCCACUUCUAUGCUACACAAACCUGCCAAACUCUCCCCAGUAAUGAACCUUCUCCUCUCUGCUUCGUCAUUUAUUCGAUUGUCGGUUUUUAUCGCAUUUCGGGAGCAAACCAAAUAGACUGGCUGCUUUGUUUAAAUCCAGCUAAUGAUUGUAUUUCUCUCUCUCUCUCUCUCUCGUUACUGUGCGUCCUUUUUUUAACUGCUGUUUAUCUGUGAUGUCUUUGCUCCGAGGACAGAUGCAGCGCAGAGACGGCGCCAACGGAUCGCCUUAUAACUCCUCUGAAAACGACUUCAGCCACUUUAGGCUUGUUCCUCAGCUUUCCUCAUCUGUCAAGACUAAAGGACUGGAGUGUGUUGUUAGGGUUGCCCUGGGAGACAACCAUACAACCUCUUGCACCAUCAGCUGUGUUUGUAACCUAGAAGCCUAUGCACAUAUCUAAUUCCUGGUUGUUUACAUUAUGGGACGAUUAAAAACACUUGUUUUUUUUUUGUUUGUUUUUUUCGUCUUAAGGACAACACAUCUGCAGAGGUUGUUGGCUUCCCUGCGUCAUGGUACAUUCAUGACAGCAGUUUGUUUUGUUUCUUUAAGAAUCAGUCACGACUGCACAACUGAGGACGGGGAAGAGAAAACCGAUUUUCUCAAAUCUCCACCAGCUCCGCAACCCUCCACUUUUCCAGUCCUCAAGAACUUCCCUGUUGAUCAUUCACUAAUAAGCAACAGGGCUAUGUGUGUUUAUCAGAAUACUUAAAACCUUUUUAUGUUUUUCUUUUCUUUUUUUUCUUUAAUGGUGUCUGCUCUGUGCACAUAAACUGGCUGAAGUGCUGCUGCAGAAUGCCAUAUUUUGGAACUAAAAUCCAAUGGGAGUUAUUUAAUUUCCAGCAAUAAACACUGAGUGACUACAUGAA